AGGGAGAGAGGGGGGCCAGCAGCUCGGCGAGACGAGGGACGGCGAGUCGUGGUGAGUCCCCUCACUCGUGGCUUGGUGUGCGUGAGGGACGGAGCCCAGUCGUGAGCCUCAGCAUUCCCCUCACCGCCGCUCACGCAAGAGGGGAUUAUUCGUGCUCACAGCGAGUCCCGUGCGCGGGCUGCGUUUCCCGAAGGACCUCUCCUUUCGGUGAAGGCGGAUCCACCUGCAAUCUGUGUCGUACACGAGAUAUGUGUUACAGCACAAGUAUUGUGGAAAAGUGAAGUGUUACAUUAAUGAAAUAAAAGUCAGACCUCAUCAAAAAGUACUGAGUCGUGGUUAGUAUUCCCUGAACUUUUUUGGUGUGAAUAAUUAAGACAAAAAAAAAGAAUGAACGUCUAAGAAAAAAACAGAGACACGAGGAAUGUUGACCCACGGCACAGAGGUCAACACGCGUGGAUAAGUGGGCGCAUGUCCGCCCUUUUUGUGCAUCUUGCCGGGUAUGCGCGCGACUGUCCACCACGAAAGACACCGCCCAUGAAACUGGCUCCUUCAAGUCGCUCGAACUCCUCCUCCGCCAUGAUCGUCACCGUCGCCUUUCCGCAGAACGGCUCCGCAAGGGCGGCUGCGGCUGCGGCCAAUGGCUCUGCAGGUUACGAUGCCGGGGCCGACGGGGCGACGCUGCGGGCGCCGGACACGCCCAACCAGGGGGGCACUUCCCUUUCUCGAAAGGAAUCGUACAAAGACCAGCGGCGCAAGUAUCGGUGCGAAAAGAAGAGAGUGGCUCGGGAACUUCUUAGCACCUUAAAAGACCCAGCUGUGGUUGUGCUGGCUGACUGGCUGAAGGUGCGAGGAUCUCUGAAAGGAUGGACCAAGCUGUGGUGCGUCCUAAAGCCUGGGAUGCUGCUGCUUUACAAGAGUGCUAAGGUGAAGAGUAGCCAUUGGGUGGGCACAGUGCUACUGAAUACAUGUGAGCUGAUCGAGCGCCCUUCCAAGAAAGACGGAUUCUGCUUCAAGCUCUUCCAUCCCUUGGAACAGUCCAUAUGGGCGACAAAAGGGCCAGAGGGGGAAACAAUGGGUGCAGUAGUUCAGCCAUUUCCUUCAUCACACCUGAUCUUCCGAGCUCCCUCUCAGGCAGCUGGGAAAUGCUGGAUGGAUGCUUUGGAACUUGCUGUCCGCUGCUCAUCAAUUCUCAUCCGCUCUAUGACCUCAUCCAGUAAAGCUGAUGCUAACAAUUCUAUAACUUCCUCAACUUUAGCUGCAGACAAAUGGAAUGAGUCAGAUUAUGAGAAACAUUUUAAGGACCAGGACAUCUCAGAUGACUCAAGUGCUGGACAGAGUGCAGACAACAGCCCUGUCAUGACCCCUCAGUCUACAUGGAGAGACUGUAUCAUUCAACUCCCUGGUACAUCUAGUGUUGAAGUCACACCUACACAUAAGGCAGCAAUGCGUGGAGCAGCGCAACGUGAUCCUUCACCAACUCCUUAUUACCGUAAACUUGCAGCUGCUAUUCAUAUGGCAGACCAGGAGCUAAAGGGUCAUCCAUCUAAUAAAAGGGUGUCCCUUACCCCAGAGGAUGCUUACUUUGCUGAUCAGUCUCAAACCAACACACCUGAGUUAUCAGAGAACCAGAAGAAGAACUACUUUUUCAAAGCAAUUCCCAAAGUUACUGAAAAGAACUUGAAGCCUGAAAAAGAUGACCUGGAUGAUGCAAGCCACACAGAUGAGAAUGAACAUCACCGUGAGUCAGGGCAUUUUUCUGGAGCCGAUGCCAUGUCAGGAACAGAGUCAGAGUCCGAGGACGGCUCCCACAAGGGCGACGAGGAGCAGAGGGAAGACGAGGAGUAUGACAGGGAGGAUGAGAUGACUCCAACUGAAUCUGCUUACGUGCCUAAUUUUGAAGGGGAAAUGGGAGAGGCUGGAGAACAAGUAGAGGAGUUGGAGGAAGAAAACAAAUCCCUCAUUUGGUUCUUGCUGAAGCAAGUUCGGCCUGGGAUGGAUCUCUCCAAAGUGGUGCUGCCAACUUUCAUCCUGGAGCCAAGAUCCUUCUUAGAUAAACUCUCAGACUAUUACUAUCAUGCAGAUCUCAUUCCCAAAGCAGUACAAGAGGAUGACCCCUUUACACGAAUGAAAGAGGUUGUCAGAUGGUACCUCUCAGGAUUUUACAAGAAACCAAAGGGGCUCAAGAAGCCUUACAACCCUAUUCUUGGAGAAACGUUCCGAUGUUAUUGGAGACACCCUAAUGGUUCACGAACUUUCUAUGUUGCUGAGCAGGUAUCCCACCAUCCUCCAGUAUCAGCUGUCUAUGUAACUAAUAGACAAGAGGGAUUCUCUGUCACUGCAACUGUUUUAGCCAAAUCAAAAUUCUAUGGUAAUUCCACAUCUGCCAUAUUGGAUGGUAAUGUGCUUUUGACUCUCCUACCUCGUGGAGAGGAUUACGUCAUGAACAUGCCAUAUGCGCACUGCAAAGGAAUUCUUAUGGGAACUCUAACCAUGGAGCUAGGAGGAAAAGUCACCAUAGAGUGUGAAAAGACUGGCUACAGAACAGAGUUAGAAUUUAAAUUACGGCCUUUCCUUAGUGGUUAUGAAGCAAACAACAUGGUGAGCGGCAAAAUAAAGUUGGGCAAGGACACAUUAGCAACUCUGGAAGGAUACUGGGAUGGCAAAAUUUCCUUCACUGACAAACGUAAAGGGGAAGAGGAAGUGUUAUGGCAUGCUACCCCGGAGGUGAAGAUGCAGCGGCUCCAGCGAUUUACGGUAGCCAUGGACCAGCAGGGAUCAUUUGAGUCAGAAAAAUUGUGGCAAUUAGUUUCAUUAGCCAUCAAGAAUGAUGAUCAGGUUGCAGCUACAGAAGAGAAAACCAUUUUGGAAGAAGCCCAGCGCAGUGAAGCAAGAGAAAGGAAAGCAAAAUGUGAAGAGUGGGUUCCUAAGUAUUUUACACAGGAACCAGUGAGUGGAGUUUACGUUUACAAACACUCAGAUCUUCGACCAUGGGACCCAAGAACAGAUCUCUUCCAGUAUGAGUUCAAUUAUGUAAUAUCGACCAAGACGAGGCAUAAAGCACCAAUGAUUAGGACAGCAUCUAUUGUCAGUGUGGAUCCAAAGUGCGAGGUUGUGCGCAAGGAUGGAGUGCAGAGACUAAGAGGAGUGUUGGAACUAGCAGCAGCAGAGGAAACAAGUUCUGGUGAUCAUGAUGACCUUCAGGAUAUGCCUGAGCGUCCUGCUAGCACAGCACCUCUGCCUGCUAAGAGACAGAGUCAUUCAUUAUCACCCAGCAUCCUUGAAGCUCUCAAUAAGAUGUUGGUAACACAAGAUAGUCUUGUAACCGAAAUGAAGGGUUUACGCCAAGAUGUUGAUGGUCUGCAUCGCCGCCUAUCAGCCAUGGACAGUCCCAAACAUCGGGCUGCUUUGCGUGCUUCUACUUCUCAGGAAUCCGCAAGUCCUCUAUCCACUCAGUCUUGGGCCUCGAUUCUCGUUGCUCUCAUUUUUUACUCACUGAUACAGUGGCUGGUGGAGAAGAUACGCUCAUAGCCACAGGUGCUGGGUAGACUGUUUACUCAUCCAAAUUGUUAUAGUUUUAUGUAUGUGGAGUCUUUUAUCAUUAAAGUCUCCUGUAUAGUAUUAAUUUCCCAAAGUUUUCAUAAAAAGAAGUGGAUUGAGGCAAAAUUCUUUUUAGUGACAAAUAUAAUGUAUUUUAACAUUUGUCAAAAUAUUUGACACUAGUAUUUUCCCUCACAGGGAAUGAGUUUUUUUACAUGUAAAAAGGGAAUAGAAAAAAGUAAUUUUCUUGUACAUUCAAACUCCAGACUGAAUCCUUUUACUGUGAUUAACAUUCCAUUCUCAGAUGGUGUCUCUCUCUCUCUCUCUCUCUCUCUCUCUCUCUCUCUCUCUCUCUCUCUCUCUCUCUCUCUCUCUCUCUCUCUCUCUCUCUCUCUCUCUCUCUUUUCAUGUACAUGGCUGAAAAAGAGGGAUUUAUUGCUUUUUAUGUUUUGUAUUUUUCUUCUUUUUUCCAUGCCACACAACACAUUUCUUGUUGUUUGAUCUGAUAGAGGGGAUCUUUUGUUAAAUAUUUUGCAGUUGCUGUAUUGUUUUAUGUAAAUUAUUUUUUGAUUGUGCAUUUUCAUUCUCCUUUUUUUUAUGCAGGGUUUAUUGCAGAAUAUGACAUACAGUAAAAUAUGCAUUAGCAUUUUAUUAUAAUCUUAAUGAUUUGAACAUGAUGACCUUCAUUAAACAGAUCUAGAUAAGCAUAAGGGAAUGUUUACCAUAAAGAAUUGGAUUCAUUUUGCUCCUAUUAUUCAGUUCAUUUCUAUGCCUGUUUAUUCUGCCUUUAGUUCAUGCUAUGUCUGGGUGCAUCACACAGAAUCUCAUAUACUUAUUAUGCUGUUCACUAUUACAGUCAGAGGAAGAAAAGUGCCACUGUGGGUAGCUCACCUGAUCGUUUAUACUGUACAAAUGUUUGAAAUGCAAGUAGUAUUUAUUUAUUAUUAUCAUUAUUAUUUUCAUUUUCAUGUUGGAUACUAAAGCUCUUGUGUCUUUCCUCUUCUUUUUUUUUAUAGUUUUUGUUUUUCUCUUUUCUCUUCUUGCCUAGUAUUUUCUCUUCAACUGUUUCUCUCUUGCUCGUUAUUAUUAACAUUAGUUUAUAGAAAAUCUUGUUAUUUACUUAUUUUCAUGUUUUGGAUUAUUCAUCAUGUUAGAUAUCCUAUUGUCACAUGCAUUGUAUCAUUCUGUCAUCAAAUGUGUUGUAUUAUAAUGCUGUCUCUGUUUUUAUCAUAGAUUGUGUAUAAUAGUUUAUGAUCUGGCUAAUGGAGUCUCUUGAAUACAUGACCUGGAAUGGAUACUGUGCCUGUUAUUCAUUGGUUGAAGGUACAUACAGUACAAGUUUCAGGCAAGUUGAGAUCAUGUCUUGAGCAAUGCCAUGGUCGAGUCUGCACUAUAGAAGUCAAAUGGGUACAAGGUUGACUCAGGUAGCAUAAAUUAUUAGUAAUGAAUGUAUGAUAUUUAUCAUUUCAUUGACAUAAAAAUAGCAUUAUUUGGAGAAGUUCAGAGUAUGAUGAUAGAAUAAUACAAUAUAUGUGAAAUUAGAACACAUGAUAUGGUGGUAAUCAUGAAAUAUAACAGUUAGCAAAUAACAUGUACUGUAUGUAUAUUCUCUCUCUCUCCAUCCAUCUCUUUCUCCCACCCUUAAGUUGUUCCUUUUUUAAGAAUUAGUGUAAGAUGUUAUUUGAAAGUAUUGCAGUGAGGUAUGUUCCUCUUUGAUGAUUUGUGUCCUGUUCUCUUUUUUUUAUAGAUUUUCCUAAAUUUGUAUCUUUUACUGAAAUAUGCUCAUUAUUUUUUUUUUUUUUGUUUUUUUUAAAUAAUAAUAAUAAUAAUGGAUGUAACAGAUUGCGAUGUUAUGAUAACACAAACAAGCACAGAAGCCGAUGCAUAGCAGUACAUGCACAUACACACACAUGCACGUACACACACACACACACAUGUAAACAAACACACACACACACACACACACACACACACACACACACACACACACACACACACACACACACACACACACACACACACACACACACACACACACACCAAGGUAAAGAGUGUACAUGCAAAAUGUUGUAACAAAUUUUCACGGUAUAUCCUCAAGGGAAACUAUGAGAAAUUAGGAAAUAUUGUUCUGAGGAUUUAGAGGAAAGGAUUCAAAAUAAGGAGGUUACCACAUUACUUGCAGUGUAUUUUAAACUUGAACAUUGAUUAAAAUAGUCUUACCCCAGUAAAGAUAUUUUGCUCAACAAAUUUAUAGAUUCAAAAAUUUUGUGCUGUACAGAGUGUGAAGAUUGUGGUAAGGCAGCCCUUAAUUAGAUGAUCAGUGGAGUAUGUGCAGAGUUUAGGAAAUACAUGAUUUAUAAGCAGUAAACAUCAUAGAAUCAAAUUACAGUCAUCAAAGAGCUAAGUGUGCACAUCUUAUGCUUAUUCAGUUAAAAGCUUGUCUGCUAAACUUGAUAUUUCAGGGAAAGAACAUUUAGCUGAGGAUGUUUCUGAAUUAUUUCAUAUUUUUGUACUCUUUGUAAUUACAAAAUUUAUAUGGCUUCUUUGUCAUGUAGAAAGCAAAAGAAAUUAGGAAGGUAAGAUACUAGAGACACAGAGAUUAAGAAAAAAAUAUGACAUUCAGACAUAUGGCUAACACUGCUGAUGUAAAUAUUUCGGGAUAAUCAAUUUUGAAAUAGAAGAUUUAGAUGCGUGUUUGAUAAAGUUGGAAAUUUUAAGAAAUGACUGAUUUACAAAAUGUUAUGGCUUCACACUUCUAAAGUUUGCUCAGUGUGAGAGUAAAAUUUAACUAAUCCUGCAGCUGGUUGUAGUCUAUUACUCCAGAUCCCAAACUGGUUCUGGGAGUCUCACAGCCUUCCUUUCCUCAAAAUCUCCAUGUCUCCACCUAGUAGGCCUGUGCUAAACUGGCCAUUACUUGGUGUGCUCUAGCUGGUGUUAUAGACUUCAAGAAUAGAACUCUUAAGGUUCUUACACUGGUUGUGGCAUUUCUGUUUUCAUGGGUUUUUGGGGGCUUUUCACACAAACUUGUUGAUUAUUAAAUUUUUUUAGAAAUAGGACCAUUUUAAUGAAACCAACUAUAAGUGAAUUCAAUUAAAUUAUUUGAAAAUCAAGAUAGCUGGAGUAUCUGUGAUUUGUAGAGUAGUAGAGCCUUUAAGAAGAUGACAGUUACAAAGAAAACAAAGGUACUAGAUUGAUUGUCACCAAAAAAAAUAUUUGUUUACUCAUGAUGUUUUCUUAAGUACACCUUUGCUUACAGAAAUCUGUUGUUAUAUGAUUUACAUUACAUUUAUAUUGUACAAAAAAAAUAAUUUUGGAAAUGUCAGGCAAAUCAUAAAUACAUGGACAUUUUCCCAUACUGGCAGCUUUGUUAUAUAUAAAAUGUGCAGUCUUUACAUAAGCCAAAACAGUUGUUUAAGGCCAGUGCACAAUAUAGUCUUAGCAUAGCAUGAAGUUGCCAUAUUAUAUAUAUCAUGAGUGUUGGACACACAAUAAGAAAUACUGGCAUUUACCUUUAGAUUGACAGAUUUAUGAUAUGUAACUAGAUUUUACUCUAAAGAUGAACUAUUUGAUGUCUGGCACUAUGUCAGUAAAAGGCAAAUUAGGAUUCCUUUAAUACAAUUGUAAAGAGAGCCUUACAUAGACUUUGUAGACCUAAAAGCACAGAGCUGGUAAUAGAGCAGUAGGUCGUAUUAGAUGCACCCUGAAACACAUUUUUAAAGUGGUCAAGAAUUCUGAAAGUUUGUCAUUCAUAACAAUGCUUUUAGCUAAUCGUAUUUUGAAAUUAGAGUAAAGCAUGUUGUUCAUGACAAGUGAUCAUAAUUGUUGAUCUCAAAUUUUCUACAGAGAUAAGUACACGACUGAUUAUGUAUUUUUCUUUUCUUUUCUUUUCUUUUCUUUUUGAAAGUUUGAUGUACAUGAUUGUUGUAUGAUUGUUGUUCAUUCAGUAUUCUCUAUUUUUCUCUUACUAAUUAUUGAAUUAGAGUAGGUUAUUAAUAGAAUCAUUUUCAUCAUAUGAUUUUAUUUUAGAAAUUUACACAAGUAGAUAAACAAGUAGUUUUUCUUAGAUUUUUUCCAGUAGAUGCUUCAGCAAAUUCUUUAUUUCAUAUAUCACUGUAUACCCACCAAAGUAGUUGGAAGGAGGAAUCUUUGUUAUACUCUAACAGUAUUUGGAAUGAAUGUAGAUCUUGGGCAGCAAUGCAGUCUAAAAGCUUGCCUCAAAAACGUGCUAUUUCCAUUUAAAUAUUUAAGAUAUUUAUAUUGUACUAGAUGAAUAUUUAAUGGAAAUUUGUUUCACACACAUAAAGCAUAUUUAUAUACAUGCUCAUGUAAAUAUAUUGUUAUCAUGUUGUUCAGAAUAACAUUGUGCUCAAGUGCAUAAAGAAAGGGUUUAGCAUUAUUUGUGGACAGAUGUUUAAUGUGUUUGUAUAUUGUAAGGGAGGCACUUCUUACUUGCAAUGUGAGAGCAUGUAAACAGAACAACAGAAUGAUCACUGUAAAGUUAUAUUUACAAUGCAAAUUGUAUUUUCUUCAAAGUUUAUUUUCUUUAUAGGAAAAUGAAUAAAAUGUAUACAUUUAGAAUGCAGGAUUCUUGAAACAGAUUCAGUGUGAUAUUGUUUUUUGGAAACACCCAUUUUAGUCUGCCAUCUGGAAUCUUCUGUGUGAUAUGUUAGCAUUGUAUAUUCCUGGUUUAUUACAGUGAUGUAUUGUUAAUAAUGUGGUUAGCUCAUUUUCUUGUAUCAUGGAAAGUAAAAUAUUCAAUAUGUUAUUUUACUCAGACUUGUUUGAACUGUAUGUUACUAUAGGAUAUACAUUAUAUCCUUUCUGAUAUGCAGAAUGAUUCAUAACAUUAGCUUCCCAGAACACCAGGGUAUGUGAAAUCAGUUUUAGAAGUGCAGUGCACAUUCCAGAGAUAGUGUUUGAGAUUUGUUUGAUGUGAGGCAACAUUUAGUGUGUGUGUAGUGUAUAGAAUGUAUACAUAUAAUACACAGAAGUACAGUAACAAUACUUUCAGUCAACGUGAGAAGGCAAAAAAUAUAUAUUUACAUAUCUGUAUAUCAUAUAAUGUAUUGAAUGAAGCAUUAAUUGUAUUAGACUAUCAUUGGGUGAUGCUGUUUUAUUUUAUCUUGUAAAAUGCGAAUGACUGUAUUGUAAAAGGAUAUAUUGUUUUUGUUUAUCAUGAUGUUCAUGGAAUGAUUACAUCAUUGAGUAUAGAUCAAUUUGAUUCAACUGUCUUGAAUAUGUAUUCACAAUGCAAAUUUUAAUGACCUCAGCUUAAAAACUUGCAGCUAUUAAUGUAACUUCAUAACUCAUUAAUCUUGGUAUUUUUCUCAGUGAUGCUGAUCAUAUAAGCCUCUUAUGGUUCUUUUGAUAUGGGAAUUUGGAAACAUAUUUAAGAUAUACAAGUAGAGAAGACCAGUGUCACAUUCCAUUUAUAUAUUUGUGCUAACAUGUCAGUUAUCAUUUCUCAAGAAGUGCUUUAAAUACACAAUUGCAAUAAGGUA